CACUGAAAAGAAAGCUAAGAGGAAGAACAUUAGCAGGAGGUAUGAGAACUUGCCCAAUCUUGCUACAGUUUGUUACUUUUAAUGCGGUCGUUAUUUCACAACUGAUUUAACAAAUAGUGUUUUUCUGCAUCAGAGCAGCGUUUUUCUUUAGUCAAGUGUUAGCAGCAUCAGCUAUCUAACGACACCGUGUCUUCGACAGCUAACGGUUAGCUCAUUGACUAGCUUUUAAGCAAAUGUUUUCCAGAUCAAGUUUUGUUUGAGCGUUGUUAUCUUAAAUAAAACAAACUACAGGUUCAGUUUAUCAGUGCUUUGCCUCCUCUGUAUCAGUGUAGACUGUUACACUGUAAAGAGCAGUUGUGUUGGAAAAAUCUGAAGAGUUAUGGCGGACCCUGCACGGAUAAAAACAGAAGGUUCAUUUGAAAAAGAGGGCUUUAUCAACGAGGAAAAUCCGAAGACGGAACAUGAGCCUGUUCCGGAGACUUCUGCGGAGACCUCUGCAGAUGACAGCAAAGAGGCGUCUACGCAGGAUCAUCUCAAAGAUUUGAAGACUGAAACUGAAGCGGCGGCAGCAGCAGACGAUGAGGAAGAGGGAACCUCCGGUCAGCCUUCCUCUAAACGACUCAAGGUGGAGCCAGAAAAGAAAAAAGAGAAGCGCCACAAGGUCGACGAGGAUGAAAUACAAAAGAUGCAGGUUUUGGUGUCAUCGUUUUCUGAAGAGCAGCUCAAUCGCUAUGAGAUGUACAGACGUUCUGCUUUCCCAAAGGCUGCCAUUAAGAGGCUGAUCCAGUCCAUAACCGGAUCAUCAGUUUCCCAGAAUGUGGUUAUUGCCAUGUCUGGUAUUGCCAAGGUUUUUGUCGGGGAGAUUGUUGAGGAAGCUCUAGAUGUUUGUGAGAAGUGGGGAGACACGCCACCACUUCAGCCUAAACACAUGAGGGAAGCAGUUAGGAGGCUGAAGAGUCGAGAUCAGAUUCCCAACUCCAAAUACAAGCACAUCCUGUUUCACUGAGCCACUCUAGCUGCGGGAUGAACGAGGACGUUAGUGAUAUUUAAAACCGUUGUGGGAAAAUCUCUGAUUCAUCCAGAGGCUGCUCACAAUUUUUGAUGGAGCCCAGUGUCUGUAAAUGUACAUUGCUGGAAGGCUCUAUGUAUUAAGUUAAAUACUUGUUGAAACAUGUAAAUAUAAGUUUUAUAUCUUUUUCUUACUCUUUGGUUAAUAUGUGGGUGGUAAGUUCAGCUGCCAGCAAAUCUAUUUGCAGCCCUUGAACUGUUUCGCAUUGUUAUGUUACAAGCGCAAACUGAAAUUGAGUAAUAUUUAUGAUUUUAUUAAUAUGUGAUAGGUUAACACUUAGGAGGUAAUUGUCAAAUGAAAGUAAAAUGAUUUUUUUGUAACAAAGUUGGAUGUGUGCAUACAUUUGAAGUAUGAACUUUGACUAGGCCAUUCUUAAACAAGAAUAUGCUUUGAUCUAAACCGGGAGCAUCAAACUCCAGUCCUCCUGUCUUUACAUUUUUAAAUGAGGCCUUUGUGCAAGUGUGCCCAUCGCAUGAUACUGCCACCACCAUGUUUCACUGUGAGGGUUGUGAGUUCAGGAUGAUGUAGUGUUUAUUGUCCUCCAUGUUUUUGCUUAUGGAUUUAUUUUGGUUGCAACAAAACAAACUGCCUUUUAUAAAGCUGAAUUGAAACACGCCUGUACAUGAGAGCAGCAGGUACUGCGAGAAAAGACAAUAAAUUCACAUCAAAAAUG